AUGCGGCAUCGAUACGCGGGAGCUGUCCACCAGCACCAAUUCCGCGACGAGGAUCAACGAAACGCUCAAAGCAAUUCAGACAUUUCUCAAAAAGGAUCUUCGAGUUCAGUCGCACCCCUUUUCAGUUUUCCACCCCCUCCUCCAUCGCAGCGAGAACGAUCAACCACCUCCUAUCAUCACAACCACCAUGACCUGCCUCGCCAGAAUCAGUCAGCUACGCAGACUGUCCACGUCCAUCAGCUGCAAUAUGGUAAGCCCCCGUCUUUGACAAGUCAAGAAAUUGCUCUACGACCUGCACGCCAAGGUUGUGCACCUGAAGCCCAGCUUUCGAGGCCACAGGAGACUCCUGAAGCCCCCAUAGCCGCCUCAACGCAGUCGGAGGUGUUCCUUUUCGAGAGCCGCCACUGCAGUUUUUCUACGGAGGCGAACCCUACUCAUCAGCGCGAAGCCCACAUUUGCCCGCAGCCCUCCCCUUCUCACCUGCCGCCGCCUCUGUUUUCGCAGAAUAAUCCUGGACCGAGGGAGAAUUUUCAGUAUAGCGCUAAUUAUCAGCACGGAGACAUUGCGCAACGGAAAGCGGGGGUUUUGGAGCACCGAGACCAAAAGCAAUUGUUGCAGCAGCAACAGCAGUGCAGUGCCACAGUGCUUCAACAAAAGAACACAUCCACACAAUCAGUCAGUGAAAACUCAUGUCAAGGACAGAUUAAUGUAUGUGAAGCAACGGUGACGAAUCAGCGAUUUUUUGAAUCACCGACUCGGGACCUGCAGCAGCAACAGCCUCAAUUGCGCGCUCAACGGCAAUUACUAGUAGGGAGCAGCCUGCCUAUCAACUAUUGCACCAAAGGCGCGGGAGAGCUGUGCAGAAAUAACCAGGCACCGCCACUGCAACAACAUUGGCAAGAGGACGUACGCGGCCAGCAUCCCCACCCGCUGCCGCAAAUUCCGCAAUUCAGUGACGAUGAGAGUGGAGAACUAAACGAGAAUUCUAGCAAAAGGCAGGGCCAACAAUACCAGGAACCUAAACAUGAACGUCGAUUGGUGAGAGACUCAUCUGACACCAGUAGCUGCAACAGCAGUCCACCAUACGGAUCCAGCAACCAACUGUGGCCAGGGAGUCAUCACCAGGAAGAGAGAAGAACUCGAACAGAUAAACAAAAGGUUAAUGGUGGGAGAGCAAAACUGAGCCAUGGUGGGUCCAAGCCCUCAGUCUCCGCGAGCAGCCACUCGUUGCCUCAGAUAGCCAUGAACAGCUGCAAGUACAAUGGGGGCGUGGUGAGACCGCUGGGCAGCCUGGCGUCGUCACGGCGCAACCUGGCAGAGCACGACUCCGAGACCCAGCCGCUGCAGACCCUGCACAGCUCCGGGCUGGAGGUGGUGGUGUCCAAGGGCAAUGGCAAUGGCAAUGGCAGUGGCGAGGACCGCAGCAAGGCGUCCAAUGAGAGCCUGGUCCGGGAGGGCAGCGGGGGGAACGCGCCGCAGAAGAAGAAUAAGGACAUCGGCUACAAGCUGGGCCACCGCCGGGCCCUGUUCGAGAAGCGCAAGCGGCUCAGCGACUACGCCCUGAUAUUCGGCAUGUUUGGGAUCGUUGUCAUGGUGACAGAGACUGAACUAUCUUGGGGGGUUUAUACGAAGGAAUCCUCAUAUUCAUUUGCACUGAAAUGCCUUAUCAGCCUGUCCACUGUUAUUUUGCUUGGUCUUAUUAUAAUGUACCAUGCCCGGGAAAUCCAGCUCUUUAUGGUGGACAACGGUGCGGACGACUGGCGCAUCGCCAUGACCUACGAGCGCAUCUUCUUCAUUGUGCUGGAGCUGCUGGUGUGCGCCAUCCACCCCAUCCCGGGCCAGUACGUCUUCACGUGGACGGCGCGCCUGGCCUUCACCUACGUGCCCUCGGUGGCGGACGCGGACGUGGACAUCAUCCUCUCCAUCCCCAUGUUCCUGCGCCUCUACCUGAUCGGACGCGUCAUGCUGCUGCACAGCAAGCUCUUCACCGACGCCUCCUCGCGCAGCAUCGGCGCGCUCAACAAGAUCAACUUCAACACGCGCUUCGUCAUGAAGACGCUCAUGACCAUCUGCCCCGGCACCGUGCUGCUCGUCUUCAGCAUCUCCUCCUGGAUCAUCGCCGCCUGGACCGUGCGCGUCUGCGAGAGGGAUACCAUGUACCAUGACAAACAGGAAGUCACAAGUAACUUCCUGGGGGCGAUGUGGCUAAUCUCUAUAACUUUCCUCUCUAUUGGCUAUGGAGACAUGGUCCCACACACAUACUGUGGCAAAGGUGUGUGUCUGCUGACAGGAAUCAUGGGCGCUGGCUGUACUGCACUAGUGGUUGCCGUAGUAGCCAGGAAACUGGAACUGACCAAGGCGGAGAAGCAUGUCCACAACUUCAUGAUGGAUACCCAGCUCUGUAAACGAGUCAAGAACACAGCUGCCAAUGUACUCAGGGAAACAUGGCUCAUCUACAAACACACAAAGUUAGUCAAGAAGAUUGAUCACGCCAAAGUGCGCAAACACCAGCGCAAGUUUCUGCAGGCCAUUCAUCAGUCCCCCACGCUUCGCAGCGUGAAGAUGGAGCAGAGGAAGCUGAAUGACCAGGCCAACACCUUGGUAGACCUGGCUAAGACCCAGAACGUGAUGUAUGACCUGGUGUCGGAGCUGCAGGAGCGCAGCGAGGAGCUGGACAAGCGCAUUGGCACGCUGGAGGACAAACUGGACUCUGUGACGGGCACCCUCCAGGCCCUGCCCUGUCUCAUCUCCCAAGCCAUCACCCAGCAGCAGCAGGACCUCCUGGACGGCUUCAUGCACCGCUACCGGCCUGCCUCGCUGGGGUCCGAGCGCUCCUGGACCCCCUCGCGCCGCCGGAGAUCCCCCUCCACGGCGCCGCACACCUCCUCCGACAGUGGCUAG